GGGCACUGGAGGACACGGAAGAAACCCGAAGGAAAAGAUUUGCAGAGUCUGGGAGAGACCUGGGGUAGAGAAACGGGAGGAGAGGCACGCGCAAAGGGAGGGACGAAGGGACGGGAGGAGGGAGAGGGAGAGAUCCGCGUGGGAGCGCAAGGUGCCGGCCGGAGGCAGAGGGCGGAGCGGACACACACCAGAGGGGCCAGUUCGGGGGACGCAGGGGGCAGGCGCGGGAGCAGGUGGAACCGCUGGGAAGCGGCCCCUUCAGCUCUCGGGCAGCAGGGGGUCUUGUCCCAGGCCCGCUUCUCUCCCGGGGACAUGGAGCUGCUGGGGCUGAAUCGGAGCGCGCCGGAGCCGGAGCCCCACUGCGGCCCGGGCUCCCUGUCCCCCAACAGCAGUGCUAACAGCAGUGCCAAUAGUAGCUGCGAAUCUCCCCGAGGAGGCUCUGGCGCCAGCAGGACGCCCCGAGAGCUGGAGUUGGCAGUGAGGGUGACGCUCUACGUCGUGAUUUUCCUGCUGAGCGUGGGCGGAAACAUGCUGAUAAUCACCGUGCUGGGGCUGAGCCGCCGCCUGCGCACGGUCACCAAUGCCUUCCUGCUCUCGCUGGCUGUCAGUGACCUGCUCCUGGCUGUGGCCUGUAUGCCCUUCACCCUCCUGCCCAACCUCAUGGGCACCUUCAUCUUCGGCACUGUAGUCUGCAAGGCUGUCACCUACAUCAUGGGAGUCUCUGUGAGUGUGUCCACCCUCAGCCUGGUGGCCAUUGCCCUGGAGCGCUACAGCGCCAUCUGCCGGCCUUUGCAGGCACGCGUUUGGCAGACUCGCUCGCACGCGGUGCGUGUCAUCGUGGCCACGUGGCUGCUGUCGGGGCUGCUCAUGCUACCCUAUCCCGUGUACUCCGUUGUAAAGCCAUUGAAUCCCCGCGUCCAGCAGUGCACGCACAACUGGCCCAGCACCCGAGCGCGCCAGGCCUGGAUGAUCUGGAUGGCCUGGCCCCUCCCACUCCGCAGGUCUGUGUUUCUCCUGCUGUUCCUGUUCUUUGUGCCUGGCGUCGUCAUGGCUGUGGCUUACGGUCUCAUCUCCCGAGAGCUCUACUUGGGGAUCCGCUUCCAGAGCCAGAGCCAGAGCCACGGGCAUGGGCAGCAGGGCCACAACGGCGACCACAGACACAGGGGAUUACCUGGUGGGCCCAGCCCAGCACUUUCCAAUGGGCCAAGUCCCCCGGCAUCGGCUGGCCAGGAGGGGGAUGGCUGCUACGUGAAUCUCCUCUCAGAACAAUCGGGAAUGGAGCUCUCAGCACUGUCCUCCACUGCCUCUAGAAAGGAUACCCGAGGCCCGGGACCUGGGGUGAGCUCAUGGCCGCCUCAGGCUCAGGCUCAGCUGCAGGCGAAGAAGCGGGUAGUCCGGAUGCUGCUGGUGAUCGUGGGGCUGUUUUUCCUGUGCUGGCUGCCAUUGUACAGCGCCAACACGUGGCGUGCCUUUGACAAGGAAAACGCCCAUCGCGCCCUCUCAGGAGCCCCUAUCUCCUUCAUCCAUCUGCUCAGCUAUGCCUCUGCCUGUGUCAAUCCUCUGGUCUACUGCUUCAUGCAUCGGCGUUUCCGUCAGGCCUGCGUGGCCACUUGUGCGAGGUGCCGACCCCGCCCGCCCCGUGCCCGAGUUGCCCGGGCUGGGCCCCGGUUAGGCGAUGACCAUGAACUUGACCAUCCCACUACCUCUCUGUCUCGUCUCAGCUAUACAACUGUCAGCACACUGGGUCCUGGCUGAGGGCAUCCCAAGACAGGCAGUCCACAUCUUGUUUUGGAAGAUGUGGAAGCGAUGCAGAGAUACACUGCCUCUCCUGCCUUGGGGAAUGAGUCCUUUCUGCCUUAGGGAAAAUGGGUAUCUUACUAUAGGAAGCCUGAUUCCCCUCCCCCAACUCCUGCCCCAGGGUGGCACAGGCAUCCCCCCAGGGAUCAUAGGAAGUCCUACUCUGACACUGAACUCAAACAGUAAACUGCCACUGGAUACCCAGGACCAACAGUCUUGACAUGAAUACACUCCUAGAAAUCGCAUACCCCCAGCCCAGAAAGACUUCCCUGACAAGGAGAGAUGACAGCCACCAUGGCAUAGUCCUACCUGAGGAGGUUCUAAAGGUAGCACAGGUGACCCCUGACCUACAGGAGCUCCUCUGGUCAGGGAAAUGAACCUCACCUACCCCUGCACUGAAAUUCCCAAUCAGCACUGAGUCCUGGAUGCGCAGGACAGACCCAGCACUCCCCCGGGAACGGCCCCCCCCAGUCUGCACUGAGCAUCCUGACCCUGAAUUUAGACCCUGUUUCUGGUAGACCACAAUUGACUAACACCCUGCUCACAUAUACCGAAGAAUCCAAGAAGAUAAAUAAGACACAUGAAUGUCAAGGAAGCUAUAGGAAUAAAUUUAGCCUCUGUUCCUGGCACGAGUGUCCUUGUGGGGUCAGAAGCUACAGGCAGGCUCAAGACUAGAGUAUGGAGAGAACAGCCCCAAAGUCCUUUGUAGAAAGGGACUCUAGGCAGGGAUCUGCUUCCAGACCCUUUGCCUGCCCCGAUCUCUAUAAUCCCAAAUGUCUUCUCCAUGCACUCUCCUCACCUUCCCCAGUGCACCACCCACUAGCUCUUCCACUAUACCCGUUCCUUAUCCACAUGACAGCCUUUCAAGCACUUGAAUACAGUAAGCCUGUGCCCACUCUCUCUCUCUCUCUCAAGCCUUUUUCAGGCUAAACAUCCCCAGUCCUUCAGUCCUUAAAUUGAGCUGUUAUUUGUGUAGCACUUUUAAGAUAGACAAAGUGCAUCUGUUCCCUUCAUUCCUUCAUCUAGUCUGAAUUGUAUGGACUUUAGUUCCCCACACACUGAUUGCCCUCUUGUGGACAUUGUCCAAUUUGCCAGUGCCCUUAAAAACAGUGUGCCUACAAGUCACCAUAAUACCCCAGAGAGAGGGUCGGAGAGAGGCAGAGUCCAACAGUGGAACUGUAAUCUUCCUUGCUUUGGACUUUUGCCCAUUAAGAAGAUGUUAGCUUUUCUUGUGUCUCUUACAAACAUGACCAGCGUUUCUCUUUCCCCAAUAAGUUGUUAUUGCUUAAAAACUUCCAUGGCUUAGCGGAGGGUGGCAGUGGUUUGAGUUGCCAGGAGACUAGGCACUAGGAUAAAAUUUACUGUAUACUCUGAGCAGGUUUCAUGGUGUGUCAGGGCAAGCUCAUUUGGGCUCAAGGCCACUCUCUGCAUAAGGAGAUAUCCUUACCUUUGCACCUUGGGGAACUUAAAACAAAGGGAUACCUCCAGUAACAGGGCAUGGAGGAAAUCAAAAGAAAAUCAAAUGGAAAGGCAUGCUCUGGCCAAUCGAUGAAGAAACUCAAAUAUCAGACAAAAGGGUCUGAGCUCAUGACCAUAUCAUAAUUUAGCAUUUCCAACAUGUUGAGAAAGUCUGUGUGAAGUAUGUGCUACAGGUCUCAGGUUCAGAAUGAAUUAAAGAGCCUUUAUUAAGUGUU